CCGCGCGGGCUGGGGGGUGGGGGGGGCGCGGAGCCGGGCUCCGGGCCGGCCGGGCUCGGCGCCUGUCAAACCCCUCAUUGUUCGCAGCUGAUGUCACUCGCAGUUGUGAGCGGCCGCCGCUCCCGGGGACAAUGUGGGACUGAGCGGCCCAGCCGCCGCGCCGCCGCCGCAGGACAGCCCCAGAGAGAGCCAGCCUGGCCGAGGUGUGGACACGCUCCCGGGCUGCUGUGGCCUCAGCCCCGCUGGACAGGAUGAACAGCUCAGAUGCGGGGCUGGAGGAGGAGCCAGAGCUCAGCAUCACCCUCACGCUGCGGAUGCUGAUGCACGGCAAGGAGGUGGGCAGCAUAAUCGGGAAGAAAGGAGAGACUGUAAAGCGAAUCCGGGAGCAGAGCAGUGCCCGGAUCACCAUCUCUGAGGGCUCGUGCCCCGAGCGCAUCACCACCAUCACAGGGUCCACAGGGGCCGUCUUCCAUGCAGUCUCCAUGAUCGCCUUCAAGUUGGAUGAGGACCUUUGUGCUACACCUGCAAAUGGUGGGAACGUCUCCAGGCCCCCAGUGACACUGCGCCUUGUCAUCCCUGCCAGCCAGUGCGGCUCUCUGAUUGGGAAGGCUGGCACCAAAAUCAAAGAGAUCCGAGAGACCACUGGUGCUCAGGUGCAGGUCGCGGGGGACCUGCUCCCCAACUCCACGGAGCGUGCUGUCACCGUAUCUGGUGUGCCCGACGCCAUCAUCCUGUGUGUGCGCCAGAUCUGUGCUGUUAUCCUGGAGUCCCCGCCUAAAGGAGCCACUAUCCCGUAUCAUCCAAGCCUCUCCUUAGGUACCGUGCUUCUCUCCGCCAACCAGGGCUUUUCUGUCCAGGCCCAGUAUGGGGCUGUGACCCCAGCUGAGGUCACCAAGCUUCAGCAGCUCUCAGGCCAUGCGGUUCCCUUUGCCUCUCCCAGCAUGGUGCCAGGACUGGAUCCUGGCACACAGACGAGCUCACAGGAGUUCUUGGUCCCUAACGAUCUGAUUGGCUGUGUGAUCGGACGCCAGGGCAGCAAGAUCAGCGAGAUCCGGCAGAUGUCGGGGGCGCACAUCAAGAUCGGGAACCAGGCCGAGGGAGCCGGCGAACGACAUGUGACGAUCACAGGCUCGCCGGUCUCCAUCGCCCUGGCCCAGUACCUCAUCACUGCCUGUCUAGAAACAGCCAAGUCUACCUCUGGGGGGACGCCUGGCUCGACCCCUGCAGACCUGCCUGCCCCCUUCUCGCCACCCCUGACUGCCCUGCCCACAGCUCCCCCAGGCCUGCUGGGCACACCCUAUGCCAUCUCCCUCUCCAACUUCAUCGGCCUCAAGCCUGUGCCCUUCUUGGCUCUACCACCUGCUUCCCCAGGGCCGCCUCCGGGCUUGGCGGCCUAUACUGCUAAGAUGGCGGCUGCCAAUGGGAGCAAGAAAUCUGAGCGGCAGAAAUUCUCCCCCUACUGAGGCCGGCUGAGGCACAGCACAGGCACAGGCACAGGCACAGGCACAGGCAGGACCACCGGCAGGGAGCUGCCUCCACACCUAUCCUGCCCGAGGAAGCUUCAUCCUGGGGUCCCAAAUGCCGCUAAUGCCCAGACGCAUGGAUGCACCCCCACCCUGCUCCACUCUGUGGGAGUUCCUCCUCUCAGAAAUGGGACAGUUUUUGGCCCAGGGUUCUGGGAGCUUUGGCAGCCCCAGGACAGGGCCCCAUCCCCCUAACUCUGUGCUUGGAUAAAGGGAGUAUCCUUAGACCCCCCUAUACUUUGGGGAGUUAUUUGAGCACUGUCCACCCCUUAGGGCUUCCCAGCUUACCGCCCCGCUGUGGGGGUCAGGGAGGAGGGCCGGGGGAUGGCUAGGGGCCAUGCUUCUCUCCUCACCUCCCCGCAGAUUACUGCUGCUUCCACUGAUACCCUUUUGACUGGAAUGGACUGGCUGGGCCUGGCAGAGGGCAGCUCGUAGAGGGAGCACUGCUGGGUAGUUGGGGGGAGUGGCGGGGGGCAGGGGACAAGUUCUCAGCAGCAGACACUCUGUACAGUUUUUUCAAUCCCUGUUUUUGAAUAAAUAUUCUCAGAGACCA